AUGCAUGGUCUAUCUUCCGUCGUACUUUUCGCUACCAUUUCGAUGGUUACUGCCGUCCCAACCGGUGGAACUGGAUCCCAGUGCACCACAGAGCAGGCCAAUAAAUGCUGCACCGGACUUACCCACGGUAUUUUGAAUAUCGGGGUUUUGUCUGGGCUAUGUGUUCCUCUGAUUGGCAAUUGCAACAACCAGGCGGCAUGCUGUGAAAGCAAUGGAAUCGGUCUUCUAAACUGCCUGACUGUGCAAGUUUGA